UACCCCUUCUCCUGCUGUGCUGAGUGCUGGUGCCGACUGCUGUCCCUCAUCUUAUCUAUCGAGGGAAGAGGGCUGCGCUGUACGAUGCGUUUCGCCACGGCGGUCCCUGUGCUGGUUGCCCUGCUUGGCCAGAGCUCGUCGGUGCAAGGUCGACAUGUUGCCCACUCCGGUUCAAGAGUAGCAGUAGCAGGCAGGAAGUCCCAGCAACAGCAGCCCAAUGGUGCGAGCAGGCAGCAGCUAGCCCAACUUCAGCGUCUUAGUCAGGUUCGAGGUGGUGCCACGCUCUCUGCGACGGUGGUAACAGCAGGAGCAACCGGCGAAGACCGAUUGACGCGAAUGAGGGGGGGGCGCACGUCUGAUACAGUUGUCUUGGUAGAAGCGCUCGUCGAGACCGCUCUAGAGAGCGGUCUCAUCGUCGGCUUCGUCGGCGCUGCGGAGUACCUGGCGGCGCGCUACCUGUCCGACACCAAGUUCUCGGAGGUGGCGAGGCUGGCGCUGUGGACGGCGGCCGUGUUCGUGUCCGGGGCCGCCACGGCGGGGCCAAAGAAGUGGCUCGAGAAGUCACAGCUGUUCAACAUCGACGUUCCCAUCGGGAAGGACUGGUACACGAACCUGCGCAAGCCUCGGUGGAACCCGCCGAACUGGGUGUUCCCCAUCAUGUGGAUACCUCUCAAGAUUCUGCAGGUGUUCGCUUGCUACGAGAUGUGGGACAAACUGGAAACGCGAAGCUGCGUUGCCUUGCCGGUGGUGGUAUACACCGUCUACAAGUCGCUCGGGGACGUCUGGAACAAGGUGUUCUUUGAGAGACGCCGGCUCAAGAUGGGCACAGUGGUCAUCUCUCUGUACUACUUGACUCUCCUUGCCGGCAUCAAGGUUUUCUUCGAUGUGAGCGAUAGAGCGGGGUACCUCUUCGCCCCCACGGCGGCUUGGGUAACGAUCGCCACGUGCUUGCAGGUACUGUUCUUACGGCAUGUGCAUGUGCACUGA